AUGUCUUACGUGUCCAACCAACUAAGGCAGCCGUCCUUCACGGCUUCGUCGCCUUCUUCGUCACGAAUGCUGCUCAAGAUUCUUUACACCUUCGACGAUAAAACCACAUUUCUUGCACGGUCCACCUCGCAAGUGCCCGUUCGCGUGAUACCCAUGUCGAUACCCAAUAUGAAGGAACAGGUCAUGAUUGGUGCAUACGAUCUGAAGAAAUGUGUGGAACUGAUUGUGAACUCGAGUCCCGAAUACUUCCAGACCAACACGGAUUUUGCGCUUUACUCGCGAGAUGUCUCCGAAAUGGAGGAACCCCUGGUUGGUCACGGUCUGAUGUCCAAGUUGUUUGCCAAGAAAAGUUAUAAGCACGGAGAUAUCCUGGUUUCUGGAAGAGUUUGCCAGAGCUUCGCUUCCAUCUUCAACAACAGCAGUGCUUCAUCCACCCUGGAGGUGAGACUGAGAAUAACACCAGUGAGGUCAGCUGCUCCAGUGGGACAAUCGCCUGUUGACGGUUCAAGUGUGGACUCACCAGAAAGUUUCCAAAACCAGCGGCAUCAGAUAUACGAGAACAGUCCGGAAAUAGAAGACCCCUCUGAUAAGCAGAAGAAGAAGCUUUUGGCCAGAGUGGGCCCAGUCAAAGCUGCAAGAACCCAGUCGCUGCCGUAUUUUGGAGACAAUAUUGCUGUUCGGAUAAUGCAGGCAGAUCAGAACAAUGCGUCUUCUUCAACUGCCAACAACGUUGCAGACAGAUUUUCAGGGUUUGAGAAGCUCUUGAGCAUCAAACCUAAACCAGACGCUCAAAAGAAGGGCUCAAGUUCGAGGACGAAAUCGACCUCACCACCAAAGUGUGUGAAUUGCACGUGCACUGAAUCCAGAUCAUGGAAGUAUUACAAGGAAGGCAUAUUUGAGUUUGGAAACUCUGGUCUGCUGUGCCAUGAUUGCAAUGUGUUGCAUUUGAAGAAUGAUCUUGCUGGUUUGAGAAAGAAGGGUAAGAUGGCUUCAGCUGGACUUCUAGAUGAUGCCUAUAGGAAACAUGCUCCGAAGAAAAGGCAGAACGACGACCUGCCAACUCCCCCAAUCGCCAAGUUUAGAGGUGCUGGAAAGAGAGCGAAAUCCAUAUACGACCCUCUGAGCAGUUCUUCGAUGAUGAACUCAUCUUCACCUAUGUUACAAAACCAAAGUUCCGAGGAUGACAUGCUGAAGUUCCAGCAAAAUCCGUUGACUGACAUAGAUCCAUUGCCUAGUAACAGAAGAUCAUCCGUUAGAUGUGACUCAAUUCAGGACGACAAUGCCAGCGAUCGUACCAUGGAUCAUGAUGAUGAAAACAGACCGCUGGAUGCUAUGAAACUCAACACCACACUAAUCAACUUCGAUGUCGACGAUGUCAGCAAUAAAGAAAACCAGCAGCCUGACCAGCCAUUCAUGAUACACGGACACGAGAUUACGCCAACGUUGAACAGGAUAUUGCAGUCCAUAGGUGAGGUAUCUCCCGGAUCACCAAGCAGACGGGGAAAUCAGGAAAAUUCUCCAAACAGCUGGCUGAACCUCUUUACCCAUCGUGAGGAGGACGAAGAAGAUGACGAUAACUUCGCAAGGCCCUCCGCUCCUCCAAAACUAGACCUGAGAGCGGAGAUGGUUUCCAACUCGAAUGCAGUCAACACCGAAAAAACCCCUCUGGACAGAUUUGACAUAACGCCAAAAGACAUAGAAACCGGUCAGACAAUGCCUUGCAGUACCACUCCCUCAGCCAGCACAAACACAGACAUCAAGAGGAUCAACAUGGCCAGCAUGCCAUCUUCACCGUUUUUUACGGUGCAGAGCGAUGAUGAUCCUCGCCAUCAAGAAGGUGGCCAGUCCCACAUGGGAUUGUUAAGCAGUAAUGGAAAGCUCGACCCGAUCGAGAACUGGAGCCAGUUCUCUUCCCCAGCAACGGAGCAAAGCCAUCAUCCUCAGAAAUAA